AACUUGGAAGUGGACUUAGAAAUCUCUGCAAGUCAUCUUUAGGCCAGUGGAGGGCACAACGACUCUACCGUUGUUAUCAAGCUUCACUAAUUUAUGAGGGUCGGGGUUACAAAACUAUUGCGCAUGUACACUAAACUCCGACCACCAUCCAGUGGAAUAACCGUCUUCUUCUUUUGAGAAAAGGUGGCGUGCCUGCCUGCCUAUGCAUUGGGUUUGAUUACGUUUGUGUUUCGGUCCGCGGGAUGGACUCUCAAAAAGAGGCCCUACAAAGGAUAAUAACCACGUUGGCCAAUAAAAAUGAGGAGCUCCAUAACUUCAUGGAAACACUUAGCCACUCUCUGGCUGGUGUCCAGGUGAACUCCACGCGAGCAGUGUCCGACCUGGAGGAGGAGUUUGACUUGUUAUUCACCGUCCUGGUUGAGGUGAAGGAGAGCAUGAUCAACACCAUCAAACAGGAAGGGGCCAAGAAGACACAGGAAAUACAGAAUCAACUGACACAGAGCAGCGACGCCUUGGAGAGUGCAGAGGAGCUCCUGGAGUUUGCCAACAAUGCUCUGGAUAUUAAAGACGAGGAUGAGUUCACUAAGGCUGCCAAGCAGAUCAAAGAUAGGGUAACCAUGGCCUCAGCCUUCAGACUGACCAUGAAGCCCAAGGUCACAGACAACAUGAACCAUCUGAUGGUGGACUUCAACCAGGAGAGACAACUUCUCCAGAACCUCAAGUUCCUGCCUGUCCCCUGGGCCCCAGAGAUGGAGGUAGGGGACUGUCUGGUGUUAGAUAACACGGUGUCCGUAGCCUGGAAGAUGCCAGUGGAGGACAGCAAGAUAGACCACUACAUACUGGAGUACAGAAAGACCGACCACGAAGGACUGCCACGCAUCAAAGACCAACGGUGCUGGGAGGUGGUGGACAACAUCAAGACCACAGAAUACUCACUGUCAGGUUUAAAGUUUGACUCCAAGUUCAUGAACUUCCGGGUACGAGCUUGCAACAAGGCAGCAGCUGGAGAAUACUCGGAUCCAGUUACCCUGGAAACCAGAGCGUUUAACUUCGGUUUCGACUCGUCGUCGUCCCAUCUGAACCUGAAGGUAGAGGACAGGAGUGUGGAGUGGGACCCCCAGGGGGGCAAGGGGCUGGAGAGCAAGGUCAAGGGCAAGGAGAACAAGGGCAGAAGUGGAACUCCGUCUCCCAAGAGAACGUUGACGACUCGGUCGCCUGCCAUCAGAGGAAGCAGAGACCGGUUCACUGGAGAGUCCUACACCGUGCUAGGUGAUACCAGUAUGGACUGUGGGCAACACUACUGGGAGGUGAAAGCCCUGAAAGACUGUAAGUCCUACAGUGUUGGAGUCUCCUACAGGAACCUGGGAAAGUUUGACCAGCUGGGUAAGACCAACACUACCUGGUGUAUCCACAUCAACAACUGGCUGCAGGCCUCGUUCGCUGCCAAGCACAACAACAAGGCCAAGAGCCUGGACGGCACCGUGCCUGGAUGCAUCGGAGUCUUCUGUGACCUGGACUCAGGACAACUGUCCUUCUACAACGCUGAAACUAAGCAGUUGAUCCACACGUUCAAGGCUAAUUUUAGCAACCCUGUUGUACGGCCUUCAUGGUAAGUAUGGUGCGGAGGACUGAGCCUCAGUACAGGGAUGCAGGUCCCCAGUGCAGUCAAGAGUUUCCAGAAGACCGAGAACGGCCUGGGAGGAUCCAACAGCAGCCUCAACAGCAUGGCCCAGUAGCCCAGACUGACUGGAUGUGUCUGGAACAGCACCCUAUUCCCUAGAACCCUCUAACUCAACUCUGGAGCUGCAAGCCAGUUCCACUGCGUUUUUUCAUUGUUCCCCUCUAAUCAGGGACUGGUUUAGACCUGGGACACCAGGUGU